AUGGGCGACAUAAGCCCCCCCAAUACCUUCGGUCCAAUACUUCUGGGCACAUUCUUGAGUCUCAUUCUCUUCGGAGUGACUACCAUGCAGGUGUUCCGCUAUGGAGUGUCCUUUCUGCGCACGGAUAAGCUGUGGAUGAUUUGUCUAAUCUCCGUUCUAUACGUCCUUGACACGGCGCACUCCGCAUUCACGAUGAUGACAUCGUACGACCUCUUUGUCUUGCAUCUCGGCGACCUCAAUUUCUUCCUCGAGUCAAGUUGGGCCUUUCAAAUGAUUGCAUGGGUAUCCGCCUUCACGGGGCUAAUUGUCCAGUUCUUCUACGCUUGGCGCGUGAGAGUGAUGUUGAACAGCAUCGCUAUUGCCGGUCUGGUGUGUCUUUGCUCGCUCGCCUCGUUUGCUGGUGCCAUCGUAAUGGGAGUCAUUGCUGCCAGGAACCAACCUGGUUUUUGGAUUUUUCCUGUCUACGAGACGGGAUUGAUCCUGUGGCUUGCUGGUAGCGCCGUGACGGACGUACUGAUCAGCACCUUGUUAAUUUGGCACUUGAGGCACCACAAGCCAGGAAUCAAGCGGACCGACGAUGUCAUAGACAAGAUCGUCCGUCUUCUAUGGCAAACAUUCGCCGUAACCUCAUUAUGCGCGAUCAUCGAUGUCAUUUUAUACUUGACACUCGUGGAUGAUGGUGCAUAUUACAUCGUCUUCCACUACCUUCUGCCAAAGUUAUACGUCAUAUCGCUCUUGUCGUCGAUCAACACCAGAAAAGCAUUAUCGCAAAGCAUUUCGUCAAUACACACAUCGGCUCCCAGCCUGGCUUUCGACCAUAGCCGCAUAUCACGCAAUGCAGAUACAAUACAGCCCCCCGUACGGCUUUCUGUGGUUGCUCACGAAAGUUUCGGGCAUGUACGCGUGGGGAGUGAUGGAAGCGACAAUACCAUGGUGGUUUGCGAAUCACCGAUCGUGAAGAAGAGCGAUUAUGUAACUGUAUGA